UUGAAUCACUUUCCACAGAAGGCAUGAGACAGAGGGCUGGUGGCUGAAGCACUGACACACUUCUGCACAGUGAGCUUAGCUGGCCAGAAGCUAUUUCAAGCGAAGCCACGUUUGGCCAUCACCAAAAGUUGCAAAGAGAAUUCCUCUGGGGAAUAAUUAAUCAGCCUUGGUAAACAAAUAAAGCCAGGCUGAUCGUGUGAGCCUGCAGAGGGAAUGCAGAGUAGUGCUGAAGCCUUUGACCUCUGCUGUGUCUCCACAGCCCUGAGAGCCUCUGCAGGACUGCUCCUCUGCCCAGCGCCAGCCUGAGCCCUGAUGGCUCCCUGGAGGCUGCCCCUGCUCGUGGCUCUGCUGUGGGGCUGGCUGCUGGCCUCCUCCUCCUCCUCACCCAGCACAGUUGCUCCCCCACAAGACCUGCAGAUCACUGACCCCGGGCUCCUGGGCUCCCUGGAUGUGGAGUGGAAGCCUCCUCCCCACGCCCAGACCUUGCAGGAGUGCACAGUAAAAUACAAGCUUGAAUAUCACAGCACUGGGGAUAGAGACUGGAAGGUUAUUUUUACUAGGAAGCUAAAACUCAGAGUUGGAUUUGACCUCAGCAGGACUGCUGAAGUGAGGCUGCAGACACUGCUCAAAGGAAGGUGCACAGGUGACGUGGAGGUGCAGAGUGACUGGAUUUAUGCAACCUUUCAGAUCCCACCACAAGGAAAACUUGAAUCAGAGGUCCAGAAUUUCAAGUGCAUCUAUCAUGACUGGGAAUACCUGAAGUGCACCUGGCAGCCCGGUCUCCUCACACCUCGUGGUGCACAUUAUGGGCUCUAUUAUUGGUACGAGGGGCUGGAGCAGACAACACAGUGUGCUCAGUACAUCCAGGAGCAGGGGCUGAACCUGGGCUGUGUGCUGCACAACCUGAGCCAGGCAGAGUACCGGGAUCUGCACAUCUGCGUCAAUGGCUCGGCAGCAGCCGCCCAGCUCCGGCCGCUGUACAGCACCCUGCGCCUGCACAACCUCGCCCAGCCCUCGGCCCCGGAGCAGCUGCAGCUCUCGCUGUCCGCAGCCCAGGAGCUGAGGGCCGCCUGGAGCCCGCCGGGCGGGCGGGUGCCGCCGCACUGCCUGGAGUACGAGGUGCAGGUGGCCGAAGACGCGGCGGCCUGGGCGUUUGUUUCGACCCAAAUGGAAACUGCUGUAACAAUUUCCAGAGCAAACCAAAGCCAUGUUUCAUGUGUUCGUGUCAGGGGGAGAACAAACAUUUUCUGUGCAGACCAAGGCUUCUGGAGUGAAUGGACGCAGGACUGUUUCUCUGUGCCCAGAAAAGAGGACAAGCAGCUAUUUAUUCUCAUUCCAGUAAUCCUGAGUUUGUCAAUUAGCCUCAUAAUAUUUAUGUUGAUUGGCCAGUGCAAGAAAAGAUCCCCAGCAGGAAAGCCAUUGCACACAUCUGUGGGAUUCUAACUGCCUGUGCCUGCUGCACUGCUGGUGUUUGGUGGGCUGCUCAUGGAACCAUCCCAAGGACAGCCCAGGAGCCCUGAGCUUUCUGCAGCCCACGUGGGUCUUCCCUGCCUGCUGCCACUUGUGGAGGCAGCUGCUGCAAUCCCAGUCCUCAACAGGCCCAGGAAAACUGGAGGGGCUUGAACUGACUGCAGGAAAACUGGAAGAGAUCUGACCUGCCUCUGAAGCAAAGGUGUUUCUGAUACUGGGACAAGGGAGAAAAAGAGGCAGUGGAAACUGCCACGAAUAAAGAUAACAUGUUCUUCUGU